GCCUUUGAUUGCAGGAUGGAGACUUCUUCUUUGAGCUCCAGCAGCGAUGCAAACUUUGCAACCUCCCCCUAUGCCAAGCACACCUCCCUGCGCGGCGCGGCGGGGUACCGUGCAUGGAAAGGAGCUCCUGGACCCUCCCAAUCACCGGGGGGGGGGGCAACAGAAGCUGCAGAGAGCAGCAGUGCUUGGCCUAACCGCGCCAGGUCCCAGAAGAACGGAGCGUCUCACUCCAGCAGUGGGGACGGUCGAGUGAGGGAGAGUGUCUCUCGCUCAGGCCUUCGUAGUGGGAGCAAAGUGGAUGGCAAUCGCAAAGGGGAUGGUGAAGGGUUUGAAACACAGCCGCGCAAAGCAGUCCCUGCCUGGAAGACCGCACCUCAGAAUGCUUCGGGUACUCUCUGGGACAGGCUCUCGCAAGCGAGCCGUCCUGCUAGCCGCCCCCCGAGCCGCCAGAUCUACAGCGGUGUCAAGCUGCGGAAGACUCCUGAGACUCCAGAAGAAGGAUCGCCGAACGGCAGGUUUGACACCACUCCAAACUCCAACAGGCCCCCCUCUCGGAGGAGAACAGAGGGCCGCGUUGAUGCCCAGAGGGCCGAGUCAGUGUCGGAUUCUGCUGGAGAGGAGCCGGAGACAUACGAUAUGUAUAGCAGGGGGUUUAGCAGAGGCCCUGCCACAGGGGGGCGGCCCGCUUGGAACCAGGGAGCGGCAGGGGCGGCGUCACGAGCGGCGUGGACCACAGGGCCUCAGGCGCUCCGAGCAAGCAUGCAGAGGUCCUCGAGACCCAGCUCUAGGCUGUCGUCUCGGCAGGCGUCGAGGGAGGGGAGCGUGGCAGGAGACGUAAGCUAUCAGUGGGAGGAUAUGCAGCCGUCAAAAGAGUCAAGCGGGACCGAUCUUGUAAGUGUUAGCAGUCAGGAUGGGGGGGAGAGCGAAAGGGUGGCGAGCAAAGGGGGAGGCGGAGCGAGACCCGGGUCAAGGAUGAGCGUGGUGGACGUUCUGAGCUUUGCUGAGGAAAGUGGGCGCGAGGAGGGCAACGAUGAGAACAGGGAACCGGGCUCCCGGCCACCGUCUGAGGGUUCCUCUUUCCGCCGCACUCCCGACGGCCGGCCCUCACCCGCCCCCUCCGAACAGCACCCCAACGAUUUGCAGUCCAAGAAAGCCCGGCUCUCCGCUCACAAAGCGGACGUUUCAGAGGCAGCAUCCGGCACCCGGCGGUCUUGGGGGGGGGUAGCCAGAGCCCAAGCUUCAGCCCCCCGAAUCUCGGAAUCGCCGCGCGUCGGGGAAGUCUACCGACGGCCGGCGAGCGCAAGGGAUUGGAGCCCGAUUCGGAAGCGGAAGGACGACCCGUUGCAACCACAAACUUUAGCGGAGUAUAUGGCCACUCCCCGGAGCCCACUGCGGAGCCCGGUUUGCCCGCCUCGUCCAGUCUCGGCACGGAAUGCUGACGUCGGAAUGACGCCCCUCAAUCUGGACACUCCAACCCGCAGGGAGGCGCCCGUCCGCCAAUCUUUGGACGCGGACGAGGAUCCGGACGACGUGGCAACUUUUACGGACGUCCAGCAGCGGAUCAGCGCGGCCCGCCACAAUACUACGGACCUGCGACCCGCGACGACUGCAAACGUCACCAGGGCUGGUCUGCUUUCCGCCCCUCCCCCGAGUGCCGUGAAGGAGGUCGACCUGUCCGCGCUCGCCGAUAAGCUAUUCCAGCCGCGGGAGCAUAUGCCGCGCAGCGGCAGCGUGACGUCAGCAUCGUUGCAGCUCCCGGCCGACGCGCUCCCUCCGCCCAACGGACUGUCGCUUUCCCGGCGCCAGAGUGCCAGGCGUGACGCCAUGGGAGCAACGAAUCAGGGGGUGCCACUUGGCGGGGACACUCUAGGAGCCCGCGAGCAGAACGAGAACGAGGAGGCUCGAAAAGGGCUGCGGCGGCCCCCUUCCCGGCAAAAGCCCCCUCCCGAGUCUCUUCACCUCUUCACGGCUGACUCUUCCGGCCCUGCGACGCUCGGAGCGAGCCUCGAGUUGGAUGCCCGGCCUGAGACCACGGCGGGCCACAUGCGCGUUGGCGUGUCGCAGGCACGUGCCGUCCAGUCGGAGCCCAUCAACCGGCUCCACAAACUCUUCAUCCGCCCGCCGUCUCGCCAGCGGCCGCCUCCCGAGGCGCUGUGCCUGGGCGGAAUCGAAGCGGCGGCGGCAGAAAAGUCGUUCCGAGAGAUCUACAGCAGCUCGGACUGCGAGUCUCCGUAGGAUCGGCUUUGGGUAGGAGAUCAUUGCCCGCAAGCCUGCGAAUCUGCUAUAGCGAAGUCAGUUGAUCGAGACUAAUAGACUUUGGGCAGUGAUAGGCAACCGUUGAAUCUUCUUGUACCACACGCGGCCAGGCUUCAAGUCAAGUAUAACGUACCCAGUGUGCAUCAUCGACCAAUAACAUUCCCUCUGCCAAACCCGUUCCGGCCAAUUUCCAAACAUAGUACAGGUUUGCAACGGUACCUCAGAGUCAGUCUUUGGAGCAAGUCUGCCGCCUACCAUUGUAACAAUUCUGGCCUUACUGAGCAAGCUAAUGAUCGUGCACAGUGACUUCGCAAAACUGCAAAUAGGAACGGUGCCAGAUUGUAAGAAGCGCGACGGUGA